CACAGUUACUAUAGCUUUUCCGCUCAAUAAUUUAAUUAUAAAAGAAAGAAGAAAAGAAGCUAGGGUUUGAAUAGCUUUGAAUUCUGAGCUUUUAAAUCCAAGAAUCUACGGUUUAUAAUUUUUGAUACUUUCUGUUCAAUUAAAUCUUUCAAGGUAACAAAGAAUCGUGGGCGAAAAUGAGGAUUAUGAUAAAAGGAGGCGUAUGGAAGAACACGGAGGAUGAGAUAUUGAAGGCGGCGGUUAUGAAAUAUGGGAAGAACCAAUGGGCUCGAAUUUCUUCUUUGCUUGUUCGUAAAUCUGCUAAGCAAUGUAAAGCUCGCUGGUAUGAGUGGCUCGAUCCCUCAAUUAAAAAGACUGAGUGGACUCGAGAAGAGGAUGAGAAGCUGCUUCAUCUAGCUAAGCUCAUGCCAACGCAAUGGAGGACGAUUGCCCCAAUUGUUGGCCGGACACCUUCUCAAUGUCUUGAACGUUACGAGAAACUCCUUGAUGCAGCUUGUGCUAGAGAUGAAAAUUAUGAGCCAGGUGAUGAUCCCCGGAAAUUGCGUCCCGGAGAGAUUGACCCAAACCCUGAAUCAAAGCCUGCUCGUCCAGAUCCUGUCGAUAUGGAUGAGGAUGAGAAGGAAAUGCUUUCUGAAGCUCGUGCUCGAUUAGCUAAUACUAGGGGCAAGAAGGCGAAGAGGAAAGCCAGAGAGAAACAGCUUGAAGAGGCUAGGAGGCUUGCUUCUUUACAGAAAAGGAGGGAGCUUAAGGCUGCUGGAAUUGAUACAAGGCACCGAAAGAGGAAAAGGAAGGGAAUUGACUAUAAUGCGGAAAUUCCUUUUGAGAAGAGGCCUCCUCCAGGCUUUUAUGAUGUUGCUGAUGAAGAUAGACCAAUAGAACAGCCUAAGUUCCCAACCACCAUCGAAGAACUUGAGGGAAAAAGAAGAGUUGAUUUAGAAGCACAGUUAAGAAAGCAGGAUAUUGCGAAGAAUAAAAUUGCACAGCGGCAGGAUACCCCAUCAGCAAUAUUGCAGGCCAACAAGCUGAAUGAUCCAGAAACAGUAAGGAAGAGAUCAAAACUUAUGCUACCAUCACCUCAGAUUUCUGAUCAUGAAUUGGAGGAGAUUGCAAAGAUGGGAUAUGCGAGUGAUCUUCUUUUAGGGAGUGAGGAACUUGCUGAAGGGAGUGGUGCAACACAUGCUCUUCUUGCAAAUUAUUCCCAGACACCACGUCCAGGAAUGACACCUUUACGGACCCCACAAAGAACACCUGCUGGAAAAGGCGAUGCUAUCAUGAUGGAAGCUGAAAAUUUGGCUAGGAUGAGAGAGUCACAGACGCCAUUACUUGGCGGAGAAAACCCAGAGCUGCACCCUUCAGAUUUCUCAGGGGUCACUCCUAAAACACAGAUCCAAACACCAAAUCCAAUGUCGACUCCUGCAGCAACACCUGGAGCUUCAGGUCUUACUCCUAGAACUGGAAUGACACCAUCAAGGGAUGGCUCUUCUUUUGGUUUGACUCCUAAAGGAACUCCCAUGAGGGAUGAGCUCCGCAUAAAUGAAGACAUGGAUCUACAUGACAGUGCUAAACUUGAGCAGCGGAGACAGGCUGAUCUAAGAAGUAACUUGAAAUCUGGACUUGGUAGUCUUCCACAGCCAAGAAAUGAGUAUCAAAUAGUCAUUCAACCACCCCCAGAAGAUAACGAAGAACCAGAGGAGAAGAUUGAAGAAGACAUGUCUGAUCAGAUAGCUAGAGAAAGGGCUGAGGAAGAAGCACGGCAGCAGGCAUUACUUAAGAAGAGAUCAAAAGUGUUGCAGAGGGAGCUACCAAGACCUCCUAGUGCCUCUCUGGAACUAAUUAGAGAUUCUUUGAUGAGGACUGAUGGAGACAAAAGUUCUUUUGUUCCUCCUACUUCAAUUGAGCAGGCAGAUGAAAUGAUAAGAAAGGAGCUUCUGUCCUUGCUGGAACAUGACAAUGCUAAGUAUCCACUUGAUGAAAAGGCAUAUAAGGUGAAGAAAAAAGCUGCCAAGCGUCCUGCAAAUGGAUCUAUUCCCAGUAUUGAAGAUUUUGAAGAAGAAGAAAUGAAUGAGGCCAAUUCCUUGAUUAAGGAAGAGGCUGAUGUUCUUCGUGUGGCGAUGGGGCAUGAAAAUGAAUCUCUUGAUGAUUUUGUGGAAGCACAUAAUACUUGCCUAAAUGAUCUCAUGUACUUCCCUACUCGUAAUGCAUAUGGUUUAUCAAGUGUUGCUGGAAAUAUGGAGAAACUUGCGGCCCUGCAGACUGAGUUUGAAAAUGUGAAAAAGAAGAUGGAUGCUGAUAAGUUGAAGGCAGAAAGCAUGGAGAAGAAGUACAAUGUUCUCACACAGGGUUACGAGAAACGGGCAGCAACUCCUUGGCGUCAGAUUGAGUCAAUCUAUAAGCAGAUGGAUACCGCAGGAACAGAACUAGAGUGUUUUCAGACUUUACAAAAGCAGGAGCAAUUAGCAGCAUCACACAGGAUAAAUGGUCUCUGGGAGGAAGUCCAGAAGCAGAAGGAGCUCGAACAAACCUUACAAAGACGCUAUGGGAAUCUCGUGGCUGAGUUAGAAAGAAUACAAACUCUGAUGAAUGUAUAUAGAGCAGAAGCUGAAAAGCAAGAAGAGGCGGCCAAAAAGGAUCGAGCUCUUGAGUUGUCCGAGCCUGCAUUGCCAUCAAGCCAAGUUGAUCUGUCAAGCUCAGGAAUAUCAGAGCAUGUUGAGUCUUCUCUUGAUGGUCAACCAAGUGUGGAAACAGAUGGAAGCAAGUCCGUAAAUGCGCCUUCGGUUGUGGAAGACAAAGGCGGUGAUAUCCCACAGACAGACAAUAUGGUGACCGAGGAUGCUCUAAGUUCUGAGGUUGCCACAGAAUCUAUAAAUCCAGAUUCAGUCUCUUCCAAACAGGAAAGCAUCCGAGAAUCUCAUGAAGCUGAAAGUUACCCUGACCACACCGAGGCCGACAAUUCUUGUGUCUCGGUUGGGGAUAAUGCUGAAAAACAACUUGGGAUGGAGGAAUAACUUUUUGAGCUCUGAACAAGUAUCGAGUUUCAUCGGACAAUGAGAGACUAAAGUCAUGAGAUCCGUAUCUGCUUCUCUAUUUUCAUAAAUCACGAUUUCUACAUGGAUGUUAGCUAUGUUGGAGUACAGCUUUUUAUGUUGUGUUUCUUUGC